AUGGCGUCUCCCAAGUCCGUCUUGUCCAAGACGCUGCAGAGUAUCACUCUCAGCAAGAUCCGCGAGUUGGAAUCCCGCCACAAGUCAUACGAGGCCCGAAAGCGAGAGUACGUGGCCAAAGCCGAUGCGGCCCUCGACGAGCGAGAUCGUCUUGCCUGUCUUCUGGAUGCUGUCAGGGAGCUCUACCCGGCGGCUGCUAAAGACCCGGCCCUCACAAACGUUGAACGCUGGCUGGCGCAGUCUCGGUACGAUGCCUCAAUCCCCGUAUCCAAACUGGCCAGCUUCAACCGCCAGCUCCGCGCCAAGCUUGACAUCCAGAGCCGCAAGCUGGACAUGGCCCAUCUUUAUUCUCGUUUGUUGACAGAAUGGAUGGAUCAGCCGAUACUCGAGUCGCUCCCUGUCUCGGCCGACGAUCCGGAUACUGACUCCUUUGAGCUCGUUGAGCGUCAGCGCCAGCGGCUAAGUGAACUCGUCGACAGGUUCGAAUCUGUCGUGUUAGAGCCGCUCGAGACCGAUGAGAAAGAGAUUCGAUCCUUCCUCGACCGCCUGUUUCCCGAUGAGGAAAGCCAGAAGGCUCUCGAGCAGCUGCGCAAGAAGAUCGCUGAUGCCAGCUCUAGCUUCAUGUCCGAAACGAGCCCGUUCAACGAGGACUCUCUCACCAGCUGCAUCAAGGGUCUCCUGACCGAGGACAUCCUCAGCGACGAAAAGCAAGCUAUCCUCCGCGAUUUCCUGGAAAGUGAGGUGGCCAAGGCAGAGAUUGCCGAUGUCCUCAACAUGCGUUUCUCCGACUUAAAGCAGUGGCAUUGGGACGCAGGCAAAGACGGCAUACGUGUUAUGCCGCGCGCCGGCCUGAACGGCAAAUACCGUAUCUGGGCCGAUGAUGACAUUCUUCAGAUGAUAUUUGUCCAGUAUGUCGGCAUCAGGUUGUGCAACAUUAUCAAGCCUGCCCUUAAGUCGUUCAUGUCGGACGUUUGCGCCAGGAACCUCGAUGGCCACAGAGCACCGUCCGAGACCGAAACCGACAGGCGUCGUUAUUACGUACCCAACAACAGUUUACUCAACAGCAGCAUGCGCAAUUCAAGCCUCGAGCCCCAUCGUAAGGCCGAAUAUCUGGAAACCUUCUUCCUUUCGCAGCUUCCUGCGACUGAAACAUCGCUCUUUGACGGUGACAACAAAUAUGACGACGAUGACGAUGAUGAUAGCGAGGAUAGCCGACCUGUGGACCUGAACAGCCCUCCGCAGAAGCGCUCGGGCAUCAAGCAGCAGCUCUUGCGGCGCCUAACCUCCGAAUUGAUCGUCCAUCGUCUCCGAGGUGUGACCUAUGAGAACCGAACAAAUCCCGGAGCCGGUGUGGCUCUGCUGCAAACAGAUUUGCAAUGGUAUGCGACUGGCCUCUCUCACAGCACCGUCUUUGCUGUUAUGCGCUAUGUCGGUUUUGGCCAGGACUGGAUCGACUUCUUCAAGAAGUAUCUGGAAUCUCCGCUGAACCUAGACGCUGCGUCUGACGACCGGCCUCAGCUUGGCCCGCGCAUCCGCAAGCGCGGUGUUCCCAUGGCACACGCCUCCGAGAAGUUAACUGGGGAGCUGGUGCUCUUCUUCAUGGACCUUGCGGUAAAUCGCGAGACAGGCAUCCUGCUGUACCGCCUGCAUGAUGACAUCUGGCUUGUCGGUGAACCCGAGCGAAGCGCCCAGGCGUGGACUUGCAUGCAGUCCUUUGCCAGGAUCUUUGGGCUCGAGUUCAACAGGAGCAAAACCGGGUCUGUCUACCUUCCGGGAAACUCCAAGAAAGACGCAAAGAUUGCGGAGACGUUGCCAGCGGGGCCGGUCAGCAUCGGAUUCCUGCGUCUGGAUCCGCAGUCCGGGAAGUGGACAAUCGAUCACAAACUCGUACUGGCGCAUGUCGAGCAACUCAAGAAACAGUUGACUGAAUGCAAGAGCGUCCUAUCAUGGGUCCAGACGUGGAAUAGCUGCAUUGGUCGCUUCUUCAGCCACACUUUUGGUGAGCCAGCCUACUGCUUCGGGCGCGACCAUGUCGACGAGGUCCUGGAUACAUACCGAAACAUGUUGCGGAAGCUGUUCCCUGGCGCAGGAGGGAAGGAGGGAAGUGUGGUCGAACACGUCAAGCAAAUGAUACAGGAUCGUUUCGGCAUUUCGGAUCUUCCCGAUUCCUUUAUCUUCUUGCCAGAGCAGCUGGGAGGUUUGGGUCUACGGAACCCAUUCGUAGGCCUGUUCCUGGUUCGCAACAAGAUCACUCAAACGCCCGAGGAUCUUGUCAAUGAAUACCUCAAGAAGGAGAGAGAGGAGUAUCUUGAAGCCAAGAGACAGUUUGAGUCGUGUUCCGAACAAGACCUGCGCCGCCGGAUACGCUGGAUCUACACAGACGACGAGGACUUGGAGGAAUCGUGUGCCGUCCCAGACUCGGAGAGGCACACCUUCUUCUCACUUGAGGAGUUCAGUCGCUUCCGUGAGCGUAGCAGUUCCAAGUUUCUCGAAACGUUCAAACAACUCGUCUCGGUCCCGGGGACAGAGGAGAUAGCGCUGAGCCGGGAGGUCAAGAACGGCCUCCCCGACUUCGUCCUCGCUGACAGCGUCCGGCUCGACUCGGAGAAGAGAUGGUUUUUGCAACUCUAUGCGAAGGAGCUCCUGGAGGAUUUUGGCGGGCUGAGCCUUGUGGACAAGCAGUUCCUGCCCGUUGGUGUUUUGUCGAUGAUGAGGGGCAAGAAAGUCAGCUGGAACAUGGUCCUCUGA